AUGGACGUAAUGAUCAGGAGGCAUGGCGCCUACGUGUGCCGCAGCUGUGCCCAGAGUCUCCCGAAACAGCUGCGGCGAGCCUACUCGGCAACGGCGCAACCGGACCUUUACGAUGUGGUCUGUGUCGGUGGUGGACCUGCAGGCCUCAGUCUUUUGACGGCGCUGCGCGCGAACCCCGUCACGGCGCACCUGCGAGUCGCCCUCGUCGACGCCCAGGACCUGGCCAAGAUUAAGUCGUGGAAGCUGCCCCCGUACAGGUUCUCGAACCGAUGCAGCUCUCUCACUCCCUCUUCCGCACUUUUCCUCGACCAAAUCGGGGCUUGGAGACAUCUUGAGCGCGACCGGGUCCAGGCGUACCAGGAGAUGCAGGUCUGGGACGGCGUGACGGGCGCGAGGAUCGAGUUUGACUGGGCCCCAGGCUCGGGGCCUGCAGCUGGCACUACAAUUGCUUACAUGAAUGAGAACCUGAACCUCACCUCCGGCCUGCUGAAGCGCUUGGAGGAGCUGGGUGGCGUGUCCAUGUUUGACAACGCCAGAGUCGAGAAAAUAGCCUACGGGGAGGAGACCGACGAGAUGGACCUGCGGGAAUGGCCAGUUGUCCACUUGUCGGGAGGCCAGCAGCUGUCUGCCCGCCUGCUCGUUGGCGCGGAUGGCGCAAACAGCCCUGUGCGCUCCUUCGCCGGCAUCGAGGCGCACGGAUGGGACUACAACCGGCAUGGCGUUGUGGCCACCCUUGAAAUGGAAGGCGAGGGCUGGGGCGGAGGCCACACCAAGAUCGCCUAUCAGAGGUUCCUCCCCACCGGGCCGGUGGCCAUGCUUCCUCUCCCCGGGAACUACUCGACUCUUGUCUGGUCGACAACGCCCAGCAAUGCCUCCCUGCUGAAGAGUCUGUCGGCAAAGGAUCUCAUUGCUAUGGUAAACGCCGCCUUUCGACUGAGCCCCACAGAUUUGGAGUAUAUGCAUACCCAAGAGUCGGGUCAGGCUGAUGAGUACUCCUGGAGGCUUGAGCACACUCCGUUCGAUUGCCAAGCCGUCCCCCAAACGGUCGUCGGCGUCCAGGAAGGCAGCAUCGCCUCGUUUCCGCUGAAGCUGAGGCACGCAGACACCUAUAUUGCCGAGCGCGUGGCUCUCGUUGGCGAUGCAGCCCAUACAAUCCACCCCCUCGCCGGUCAAGGCUUGAACCAGGGCCAGGGCGACGUGCAGAGUCUCGCCAAGACCAUCGAAUACGCCGUCAGCCAUGGACAGGACAUCGGCGUCACCAUGUCACUCGAGCCCUACGUCUCGGAGCGCUACGCGGCAAACCACGUGCUUCUGGGAGUUUGUGACAAGCUCCACAAGCUCUACUCGGUCGGCAGUGGCCCUCUGGUGCCCCUCAGGUCGCUCGGCCUAAGCGCCGUCAACGCCAUGAACCCACUGAAGAACUUUCUGAUGAACCAAGCGGCUGGAAACGGGAUCAAGGUUUUUUGA